UCUCUCUCGGUCUCUUGUGAAAGAAGUAUCUCUUGAACAUCCUUACUUUUUGCCGAGAAUUUCGAGCGGCUGAUUAUGGAUGACCACGGCAAUGUACGAGAAAAAAUCCUGUUCGGAAAGUACGAGUUAGGAAAGCUCCUCGGGCAAGGAGCCUACGCGAAGGUGUACCACGCCCGGAACCUCAAGACGGGGCAGAGCGUGGCGAUCAAGGCCAUGAGCCUGGAGAACGUGCUGAAAAGAGGUUUAACGGAGCACGUUAAGCGUGAGAUCUCUAUCAUGCAUCGGCUGCACCACCCUCACAUCGUUCACAUCUUGGAGGUCUUGGCGACGAAGACGAAGAUCUACUUCGUGCUUGAAUUCGCCAAGGGAGGCGAGUUGUGGACCAAAGUCAAAGGAAGACGGUUGAGCGAAGAUGUCAGCCGCAAGUAUUUUCAGCAGCUGAUCUCCGCUCUCGGUUACUGCCACUCCCGAGGCGUUUUCCAUCGAGAUUUGAAAGGCGAGAAUCUCCUCUUAGACGAGAAUUUGAAUCUGAAAGUGACCGAUUUCGGACUCAGCGCCGUGACGGCUCAAAUCCAACCCGACGGCCUCCUCCACACGCUCUGUGGGACCCCUGCCUACCUGGCGCCGGAGAUCCUUGCGAAUAAAGGAUACGACGGCGCCAAGGUGGACAUUUGGUCAUGUGGAAUCAUACUCUACGCUUUGAACGCCGGUUACUUUCCGUUCAGUGAUCGGAAUAUAAUAAUGCUGUAUCGUAAAAUCUUCAAAGGCGAGUUUCGGUGUCCUGAAUGGAUGUCUCCUGAGCUCAAACGGCUUCUUCAUCGUCUGCUGGACUCAAAUCCAAACACUCGCAUCACAGUCGACCAGAUCAUCGAUGACCCGUGGUUCAAAAAAGGCUACCGACAUAUCCAAACCAGCUCCGAUGAUUUAUUUGGUCUCGAAGAUUAUGACGACAGCAACAAACAGUACGACUUCUUAAACGCAUUCGAUAUAAUUUCCUUGUCGCACGGUCUGGAUCUGUCCUGUUUGAUCGAUUCACCGGAUUGCUCCGUUGGAGUGGAUAGAUUUGUUUCGGCAGAGUCACCGGAGAGAAUAGUCAGGAGAAUCGUGGAGGUGGCGGAGGCGGAGGAGGGGAGGAUGACGGUGGUUAGGAAGAAGGAUUUUGCGGUGCAGGUGGUGCAAGGGCCAAAUGGGGAUAUCGUUUUUACAGUUGACAUUCACCGGUUAACGGACGAACUGGUGAUUGUUGAAAUCAGGAGGGGUGAGAAUGAGGAUGCGCCCAGUCUUGAGUUAUGGAAAGAUAAGCUUAGAACCCAGCUCCGUACUCUUGUUUGAGAAAAUCUUUUUUACGGAGGUACUAUAAACACAAUCGUGAUUGUUCAAAAGUGUUUUGAACGGUCUUGAUUUUAAUAAAAAAAAUUUGGAGAAAAGUUAAUUGAUUGUUUGCAGCACCUCCGUAAUAAGUAUAUCUCCUUUUGUUUAUAAACCGGAACCGCAAGUUACAGGUAGUU